AUGAAGAUUAUAGCAAUAUUAAUAUUGGCAAAUAUUGACUACAUCGUAGGCCUAACAAUUGGGGAGCUUAAUAGAACUGCAACAAAGCAACUAGAGGAAAUUGUGGAAAAGUAUAAACCGAUACCAGCAGUAAAUGUUGAAUUAUCUACAUGGAUUAAGAAAGUGGAAAAUGUCAGCAGAACGAGUCCAAUAAUAGAAAAAUUUAAUGUUCAUGCUCAAUUUAAACACUACAAUGAAAAUCGCAUUCUAUGGGAAAAUAAUAUUAAGAAUCGAAUCAAAGAGAUCGAUGAAAUAAUUAAGAAACUUGUCAAAGAAAACACAGAACAAAGUAAAAUAUGUCUGAAGUAUUAUAAAAGACAGAAAAAAUCACUCGAAACGGCCCAUAAAUUUUCGAAUAAGACAAAAAUCUCAAACUUGGGUCAUAAUUCAAAAAUAUGCAACCCGGAGCGUGAGAAAAAAGACAGUAAUGAAAGCGAUGAAUAUAGUUACUACUAAACAAAGUUCUAAAAUUUUCAAACAAAAUUCCAAAGUGUUGAAAAGAAUAAAAAAUAACAACAAGUUUUGAUUAACCUUGGUUUUUCUUUUCAAAAUUUUAAGAGCUCUUUUACAUUUUAGCUUUUACGUUUCGUUAAAUACAGAUUUAAGCCUAAUUUUAUAUAUACCUACUUUUACUACAAAUUUCGAUUUUCCGUCACUGUUCAUAUUGAUUAUAAUCAAUCUCGAUGAUCCACCCUUUCGUUCCGUUGAGCUCCCGGCCAUUUUUAUUGCAUCCCCCAUUCGGCUGACCGCAUUUUAGCUUCAUUUACAGUUAUUUG